AUUUAUUUGUUUUUGUUGGUUUUAUAGAUUUUAGUGAUUUUAGUUUUCAAUUAAAAUUGACUUUAGUUUUCUUUGCCUAACAUGUCGAUUAAAAAGUUUGAUAUGAUUUUAAAAUAUCCUGAUUGGUUUAAAUUUUCAUGAAAUCAAAUUGAUUAUUUUCAAAAACAAUGCAGUAGCAAAAUUAACUUUGACUAAUUUGAUAAACAAUGCUUGUUAUUUUUCAUUCUUGGAUUUUGCAUUUCUGUACAGAAAAUGCUGCAAAUGCUUCCUGGUUACAUUCAGAAGUGUGUUCUUAUUUUUUAACUGCAAUGACAAAGCUUGAGUACAGUGGUAUCAAUAUGCAUCUGCUAUACCCCAUCGCUGAAGAAACUUAUUCCGUCCAAGAUUUUAUGUAAUAUUUAAGAUAUAACUGUAAUACUUAAUUUGAAUAAAAUACAAGAAAAUUUGAUGUUUGUAAUUCGUGUUCAAAGUUGUGCAAAAAAAGUAAAGUUGCCUAGUUGUUUGUGAUCGCCCUGACAAGCAAUUAAGCCCCUUCAAAGCUAUUUUACUCCAGUCAAAAAAGUCCUAAAUCUGCCCCUAAUGAAUGCAGGCUCACAUAAGCACUGCCACAAUAUUAUUCAAUUAUUUAAUGCACAAGCUUGCUUUUUACCACAAAAGAAAGCUGACAAUGGUAGUGGUUAAAUUAAUUAUAUGACCCCAAUAUUAAGACUUGGUUAGAAUUAAAUUUAAUGCAUGUAAUGUUGUGUUUAUAUACAAAUAUUUGAUCUCUCUAGUAAGAAAAUCAUUGAUGGUUAUUAAUGCUACUGUACAAACCUUAGAAAUGCUAGUUCUUUUUACCUGAUUUAGUCAUUCCACAGGUGUUUUGAUUUUCCUUUGAAGUGUGUAUAUUGUCCUUGUGGUCAUCAGAUUAGUCUCUGGGCAAACAUACAUUUAAACCAGACUCAAGAAAAUUUAUUUUUGAAUCUGCUGUAUGAACCCUUUAAUUUUCUAAUAUAAUUUACUUAACUGUUCUUAAAGAAGUGAUGUAUGAUCAAUUUAAAUCCAUAAAAUUUCUUUAUCCAUUUCAAUUUAAAUUAAUGAAGUGUAUAUGGUCCAGUUUGAAUUGAUAAAAACUUUGAUAAAUGUUAGGGGUAAUGUAUGAGCAUUCAUAAAAGCUCUUUUUGUAUAAUAUCACAAGAAAAUGAGUCCAACUUAUAGAAAGAUUAAAGUUAAAAGUUUGACAAUAUUUUCUUAUUACACAAUCUUUUUUAUCAUUUAAUUGCCAAUUUAAAUUGACUGUAUAUCACCCUCUCCCAAGUUCUCUCCUGAAUACACAUUCAAAUUUAAUAAUAGGGACCUAUCAAAAAUUAUGAAUACUUUAGAAAAGCAAGGUUUGACUGCUACCUAUCCUGUUGCACAGUCAAGUUUGUCGUACCCAAAAUCCCUGUCAGACAAGGAAAAAAUCAGGCUGAAAGAGGACAAAGUUUUGGUUUCACCAUUUAAACAAAACAAGUUGGAACUGGAAGCACAAAAGAAUUGGGAUUUAUUUUACAAAAGGAAUUCAACAAAAUUCUUUAAAGACAGACAUUGGACCCAUCGCGAAUUUCCCGAAUUAACAAGUGAAAACUUGUCGACACAAGGAUACAAGAUUCUGGAAGUUGGAUGCGGUUGUGGAAAUACCAUUUUUCCUGUGAUUGAAGAAAACAAGCAUGUAUUUGUUUAUGCUUGUGAUUUUUCACCAAGGGCUGUUAAUUUUGUCAAGGAGAACCCUUUGUUUGAUGAAGACAGAUGUUCAGUGUUUCAAUGUGACUUGACAAAAGAUGAUCUGCGUGAAAACAUUGCUGAAGACUCCAUAGAUCUUGUCACUGUGAUAUUUGUGUUGUCAGCAAUUUUACCUAGCAAUAUGCAGCAAGUCGUACAAAAUAUAGCAAGAAUCGUUAAACCAGGUGGUGUGAUAUUAUUCAGAGAUUAUGGGUUGUAUGACCAUGCCAUGUUAAGGUUUAAACCCGGCCACAAACUUGAUGAAAACCUUUAUGUAAGACAAGAUGGUACUAGGGCGUAUUAUUUCUCGUUAGAAUAUGCAGAAGAUCUGUUUUCGUCCGUGGGAUUUAAAGUCAUCGAAAAUACGUACAUUCAUAAGAGAACUGUCAAUAAAAAGGAGGAAGUGGAUGUUCCCAGGAUAUUUAUACAAGGGAAGUACAAAAAAGCAGAUCUCACUGAGUAAGUGAGUUCAAAACAGACAACAUGGGCAAGUGAGACAAAAGCAGGCAUCAUGAGCAAAUAAGAUAAAAACAGACUACAAGUGAGAUUAAAACAUACGACGUGAGUGAUUAAGAUAAAAAAAAAAAAAAACAUAAGCAAGUGAGAUAAGAAUUGACUGCUUGAGCAAGUGAGAUAAAAAUUGACAGCUUGAGCAAGUGAGAUAAUAACAGACAAUUAUUUCGUAUUUCCCAAAAGAUAUUUUUAGAA